AUUAAUCAAUAAUCUGUGAUUCUGUGUAUGCUUUUGGGUGUGUGCAAUUUCGUUAUUUUAUAGAUUUUUGAUGCUAUUAAAAAAAUCGAGUUUAAAUACAGAUUGUGUGGUUAUUGCACGCAAAACUGAUUAAGAUCCUCUAUUUACGAAACUGACGAACAUAUCAAAGUAAAUAAAUCUCAAAAUGACUAUAAAGUUGGUUCGAACUGAUGCAGAAGAUCCCUGCAAAAUUCAACUUCCUCUGGGUGAUCAUGUAAUCGGACGUGGUAAAUUACUGGAGUGUGACGAUAAAAGAAUAUCACGUCAACAUGGGAAGUUGAAUGUCACUGAAGAUUCAUUAACUAUUACAGCGUUGCAUCUAAACCCUUGUUUUUACAUUAAAAAGGGUUCAACAGACACUGAGAUAUUGAAACAGAACAGUACAACAAGUUUAUUUAAUGGAGAUAGAUUUGGUUUGCUGCCAGACACAUUUUGGUAUGAAGUGCUAUUUUGUUCUGGACUCGAAGCACCAAAAAGUUGCGAGAGUGAGAAAAACACUGAAGAAUAUUGUGUUGAGAACAAUGAUACCUCUGAUGAAACACACUGUGAUAAAACAAAGACAUGUGAUUUUAAUUCAGAUGAUGGGUUUGAUAAUGAAAUAAAUAAUUUACAAUCUCCAAGUUUAAUAGCCCCAAAUAAUAACGACCCAACACCACAAGGAUUAAAUUCUGACGCUACAAUAAAAAGUGUAACAGAUAAGAGCACUGAAUCAAGUGCUAUUGAUCAAAACAAACAUGAACCAGAUGAACAAACUGAUCCGAAUUCACAAAAUGAUCCAAAUGUACCAACUGAUCCAAAUUUACAAAAUGAUCCAAAUGCACCAAAUGAUCCAGCAGUAUCACCAAAUAAUGUUAAUCCAACUAAAAGAAGUCACAGUCCAGAUAAUAGUGAUGUGAAAAAAAUUAAAACUGAGCCAGUUGAAGUCAAAACUGAAAGUUCUGAUGAUGUUAAACCUGGGCCGAGCUUAAAACAAGACCAAGGGGUACAAACAGCAAAUGGUGCAAAUGCAGCGACCAACAAUGCUCCACUGGGGCGCGAACGGUGCAUGUACGGCGCUAACUGUUACAGAAAAAACCCCGGCCACCAGGCGCAGUUCAGCCACCCGCGCGACGCGGACUGGGGCCCCGGCGAGCGCGGCGUGUGCCCGUACGGCGCCGCGUGCGCGCGCACCGACCCGCGCCACUGGCGCGACCACGACCACCCGCCCGGGAAGCUGCCGCCGCCGCGACCUGGUCACAAGAAACAGAAGCGGCAGAGGCAGAGGAGAGUCAGCACAGACUCCCCGGAACAGAAUUUGGUUGUUGCCGGCAAGAGAAUCCGGAAGACGAUCCAGAGGGCGGACCAGUGGAGCGGAGACGAGACUGAUGAAGAGGACCCCUUCGACACUGACGGUUCCGAGGAGUGGGAGCCGGGCAGUGCGCAAAGUCAGGACUACUCUGAAGAUUAUUUUUAAACUAGCGGACGCCCGCGAUUUCGUCUUCGAGUAAAUCGAUGUAAUCUUUCAACCUCUAUUUCACUUCUACUAAAUUCCAAGAUUAUAGAUUAAAUUUUAAUUAUAAAUCGUUCAUGUUUUAAUUAUUAAAACAUGCACGAUUUAUAUUAAAAAAUCUUCCACCCCUUUCUAAGCCUUUAGGGGUAGAAUUUUGAAAAAUCUUGAAUUACAUUAUUUUUAGUAUUUUUCUGGUAGUACACAUAGGUAACAAUUGUUACAAAUGUACUUACUUAUAAACUGAAGUACUUUCCAACCCCUGUAUCACCUUCUGAUUAAUUUUUUGACAAAAAGUGUCAUAUUAUAGCCUUCUACGUAUUAUGGUGUAAUAUCGUGCCAAGUUUCAUUUUAAUUCAUUCAUUAGUUUCAGCGUGAUUAUGUUGACCGGGUGAUAACAUAAAAUACUGACAGAUAGACAAAAAUAAAAAAAAAAUAUUGUUGGCUCCAUCGAAUGUAUAUUUAUUAGCUGACGCCACGCGGUUUCACCCGCGUGGUUCCCGUUCCCGUAAGAAUACAGAGAUAAUAUAAUAAUAGCCUAUAGCCUUCCUCGAUAAAUGGGCUGCCUAACACUGAGAGAAUUUUCAAAUCGGACCAGUAAAUCCUGAGAUUAGCGCGUUCAAAUAAACAAACUCAUCAGCUUUAUAAUAUUAGUAUAGAUUGCCAUCCAACUAAAAUCUUCAGAGUACAGAUUAUGACCUGUUACAGUUUUUAACCGACUUCCAAAAAAAAGCAAAAAAUAACAUCCUACCUAUGUGCUACCUUCUGAUCAGUUUGAAGGCGGUGCCAAGCCAGUGUCGUGUUUUAAUUAAAGCUGUUUCUGGAAUAACCACAGAAAUUUUGCAGUUUAAACGUAUUUAAUUAAAACAUCACUGGCUUGGCACCGCCUUCAAACUGAUCAGAAGGUAGCACAUAGGUAGGAUGUUAUUUUUUGCUUUUUAGUUAAAGUAAUUUUUUGAGUUGGAAGUCGGUUGAAUUUUUUUUAUUAAAAUUUUUAUAUUAUAACAACUGACAAUAAUAUUAUGACUUCCUAUAUGUGUAUGAACAAUAUUAAUAUUGUAGAUUAUGAAACGGUUGUAUAUUAAUAAAACUCGAGUGCAUUCUAUAAAACGAACGAAAUGAGUUUUAAUAGACUCUGCAAUUUUAGUAACUAUAAUGCAUCAUUUCAUACUCUAGGUAUGUAUUUUAUAAAAACUCAUAGCAAUAAAAAAAAAAUCUACUAAUUAUAACAUAAAUGUUUUAAACAUACAUUAAUAAUUCAGGUAAAAUUCUAAAUUAGAAACUCAAAAUAGCUCAAGGAGAAGCUACGGCACAGGACGGUGUUUCAUAGAGCAUUCAUGAAUGUUGCCAAACUCCAAUGAGAUGCGGGCGACGGGGGAAAGGACUGGGUGUGAAGCCGUGCGCGCGGGGCAUUACUACCCCCCUCCCGGCCCGCGCAGACCAUCAGGAGUGUUACGAACGAAUUUUCCAAGCUAUCGUGGAUGUCUAUUAACUCUAAAUAACUUUAAGAAUUAUUUAGUUAAAUUCUCAACCCGGAGUUGGUAGUGUUUAUCCCUGUGGUUCGAUGAGACUGUACUUCACAUGAAAUUAUCUAAUUGCUGAAUAUUCAAUAAAAGAUAUUCAAUCUGCACUGCACCAUGCAGUGGUGAGUGGUAUUCGUACCAUAGUCUAUCUAUCUAUUCUAUACUUAUAAUAAAACUGGUCGAAUUCUAGACAUUUAUUCACAAUUUGAGGUUUUACUUAUACCAUUUGUAACAACAAUCGUGGUAUAAAGGAAGCCAGCGCCAUCUAGAAUCUAUACUUAUAAUACGAAUUCUGUACAUUGAAGAUAUUUUGAAAUUUUUUGUUGGGAGCAUUAUUAUAAUCGAUACUGAAGCUAAAAAUAUUUUUUUGCUUUUUUUGUCUGUACAUCUGUCUGUGUUUUCGGGCAUCGCGCUGAAACUACUGAAUGAAUUUAAAUGAACCUUGGCACGACUAUAAUACAGAGAAGGUAAUAGGAUACUUUUUACUGCGAAAAUAAAAUGAGAAGGGGGUGAAAUAGGGGUUGAAAGUUUGUAUGGAAAGUCCUUCAUUUUUAACCGACUUCAAAAAAAAGGAGGAGGUUUCUCAAUUCGACCGUAUAUAAAUAUUUUUUUUAGAGUUGCAGUUUCAAAAAGGAGAUCAUUCACGCUCCAUACAUUUUUGGGCUCUUUUUGAAAGUGCCGGCCAACAAAAAAAAGUGGCACGACUCGUUAGAAUUAGCUAUUUGGAGCAAUAGUUAAUAUGGCAUAAAAGUUGUCAGGUGGCUCUGAACCAAGUUAUACAGGUUCGACGAUUUGUUAUUUCCAUACAUUUUGUCAAUUUUCAAAAGUGCCCGCUAAGAAAAAAAACUGAUACGUAUCGUUAGAACUGCCCAUUUGGAGCAAUAGUUAGUAUGGCACAAAUAUUGUAAGAUUGCUCUGAAUCAAGUUAUACAGGUUCAAUGACUCGUCACUUCUAUACAUAUUUUUUGAGUUUUGUAAGUGCCCACCUACAAUAUAAAUAAUACGUAUCGUUGUUACUAGCAUUUGCAGCAAUAGUUACUAUGGCAUAAACAUUUUUGUAUAGCUCUGUGUCCAGUUAUGCAGUUUCGAUGAUUCGUCAAAUCUAUAUGUUUUAUUGAUUUUCAAAGUACCGUUUUACAAAAAUAUGCACUUAUCACUGCACUUAUCGUCAGAACUGCCCAUUUGGAGUUAUAUUUAGUAUGCCACGAAUGCUUUAGGUUUGGUCUGAAUCAAGUUAUAAAGGUUCGAUAUCUCGUCACUUAUAUGCAUUUUAUUGAGUUUUGUAAGUGCCCAACGACAAUAUUAAUGAUACGUAUCGUUUUAACUGGUCAUUUGUGGCAAUGGUUAGUAUAACACGAAUGUUGUAGGAUUGCUCUGAACCAAGUAAUACAGGUUAAAUGGCAUGCCAUCUCCAUACAUUUUAUUGAUUUUAAAAAGGUGCCUGCCAAUAAAAUUCUUACAGGUAUCAUUUUAACUGAUCAUUUAGACAUACUUUGUCAGUUAGUAUGGCAGACACGUUGUAUAAAUGCUCUUAUCUAAGUUAUACAGGUGUAACUAUUAGUAAUAUCCAUACAUUUUCUUGAUUUUUAAAUGCCAACCAUUAAAAUGGUACGUACAGAACUGGCUGUAAUAGGAACGGGGAGUAAUAGUUAGUAUAGUACAAACGUUGUAGGCCUGCUCUGAGCCAUGUUAUACAAGUUUAAUGAUUAUAAUUUCUAUGCAUUUUAUCGAUUUAAGCAAUACAAUUAGUUGGUAGGUAUGACUGAAACAUUGUAUGAUUGCUCUGAUCCAAGUUAUUUGCGUUCGAUGAUUCGUCACUUAUGUUUUUGUUGAUAUCUGACUGUAAUGGGGAACAAUAAAUAGGUAAUAAUGAUGAAUACUUAACUAAUAAUAUGAAAUAAAUGUCAUCAUGGUGUAAGAGUUGUGUCAUCAUUAUUUGUUAUGUUCUUCCAUCUGGACCGUUUCUGCACUUGGCCAUGUGAUUGUGCGUGUAUUUGUUAUUUUAUUCAAGCUUGUAAACCGAAAUACCAUUACUUGAAGAACUUAAUAAAUUGUUUUUAUUUCUCUCAAUGCACAAUAACACAAUUUUUAGUUACAUUUGCACCAUAAUGUUGAAUUUGUGCAAAUGCUUAGAAUCAUUAUUUCUAUAUUUUAUUAUUGCUUUUAUGUUUUCCAACUUUUUCGGAAAUCAAUGAAUGAAAGUUAUAUAACUUGUUUCAGUACUAGAAUUUUUCUGAAGCGUGUGCAAUGUGUUACUAACUAUUGCUCCUAAUGACUAGUUUUAACGUUAGGUACCAUAUUUUAGGUAAACGGUACUUUAAAAAAUCAGUAAAAUAUAUGGAUUUGACGAAUCAUCUAAACAGUAUAACUUGAUUCGGAUCUAUACUACAACGUUUAUGCCAUAGUAACUAUUACUGAAAUGGCUAGUUAUAACGAUAAAUAGCAUUUACUUUGUAACUUACAAAACUCCAACAAAUACGUUGAAGUGACGAGACAUCGAACCUGUAUAACUUGGUUCAGAACAAUCUUGCAACAUUUGUGCCAUACUAACUAUUACUCCAAAUGAGCAGUUUUAACCAUAAGUACCAUAUUUUUGUUAAACGGUACUUUAAAAAUCAAUAAAAUAAAUGGAUUGGACGAAUCAUCGAAACUGUAUAACUCGACACAAAGCUAUACUACAAUGUUUAUGCCAUAGUAACUAUUGCUGAAAAUGGCUAGUUAUAACGAUACGUACGAUUUAUUUUGUUUGCGGACACUUACAAAACUCAGUAAAAUGUAUAGAAGUGACGAGUUAUCGAACCUGUAUAACUUGGUUCAGUGCAGUCCUACAACAUUUGAGCCGUAGUAAUUAUUGCUCCAAAUGGACAGUUCUAACGAUGCGUGCCAGUUUUUUUUCUUGGCGGGCACUUUUGAAAAUUGACAAAAUGUAUGGAAAUAACGAAUCGUCGAACCUGUAUAACUUGGUUCAGAGCUCUCCUACAACUUUCAUGCCAUAUUAACUAUUACUCCAAAUGACUAGUUCUAACGAUUCGUGCUAUUUUUUUUCGUUGGCCGGCACUUUCAAAAAGGGCCCAAAAUGAAUAAUCUCCUUUGUUCAUAAAUCAUAAAAAAAAUAUGAAAUAUAGUGUAAUUCAAAAAUUUUUAAAAUUCAACCCAUAAAGUGGUGACAUAGGGCUUGAAAGUUUACAUUGAUUUCAACGGGGGCGAAGUCGCGGGCGUCCGCUAGUUAUUCAUAUGGAAGUCCAUUAACCAAUUUGGACAUAGGCGGCCCUUCAACGUGAGGGUCAUAUUAUGUAACAGAACCUGUUAUGAUCAUUGUUAGACUUUUAAAAUAUAAUUUAUCAAUACUUGACAUGGCAGUUAUAAAUAAAUAAA